AAACAUCGAAUUUGUUGAUCCGGCUGCAUUUCUGUAGGCGUUGUUCACUUAUUAUUAUUAUUAUUUAAAUUGUACGCGAUGGCCCCGCAGCCAGUGGUUACGGGUCUAUCACCUAAGGAGGGUCCGCCCGGGACACGCGUUAUCAUACGUGGCGAAUUUCUAGGCAGUCGUGUGCAGGAUCUGAUUGGUCUCAAAAUCUGUGGCUCCGACUGCCUGUUGUCGGCAGAGUGGAAAUCGCCUAACAAAAUCAUAGCACGCACUGGCCCAGCCAAGGGCAAAGGUGAUAUUAUAGUCACUACCAUAAGCGGUGGUGUGGGCACAUCUACGGUUCAAUUUCGUGCAUACCAUGAAACAAUUGGACCUCUCAAGGAGUCGGCUGUGUGGAUAGAGGAGUCGCCAUCGCAAAACUUUGCUUGGGGACGACGCACUCUUACGCAAUCGGGCUUAACUCAGGAAGAUCCCUUGGGCCUCUCCAUUGAGGGAAAUGAACAAAAAAUUCCAGAAGACUUGCGUGAUUUGUUUCCUGAUGCUUGCGGCGACUUGUCACAGGAAAACUUCUCACCUGCUUGGUUUAUGCUCGAGAAUCACCUGGCCACUUCAUUUGAGGACUUAAAGGCGGGACUGGCAUAUCUCAAGCGAAAAGUCGAGAGUCAGAAGGAAGGACAACUUUCUUUUCUAAAAUCUAAUGCGGGCUCUGUUAUCGAUCAACUGGAUACGCUGAUGAAUAUACGGGAUAAAUUUCAAGAGGAUGUCAAGCUGUACGGCAAGGAGCCCUUCAGUAUACUCGAACAGUCCAUUGAAAACUCCAUUAGUGAAUCGCAAAAGAUUUUUACGGAUGUACUUGUGCGGAAGGAGAAGGCAGAUUCGACACGCUCUGUGCUCUUUGCCCUAUCGCGUCACAAGUUUCUCUUCUGCUUGCCCAACAGCGUGGAUCGACGUGCCAAGGCAGGGGAAUAUGAUAUUGUGGUCAAUGAUUAUUCGCGUGCUAAGAAUUUGUUUGGAAAAACGGAGCUGGCGAUAUUUCGUCAAGUGCUCGAGGAGGUGGAUCAGCGCAUUUUGUUAAUCCGUAGACAACUGCACGAGAAGGUGGUAAAGAUGCCGCAGAGCGUAGAGCAGCAAAAGAAACUAAUCAAGGCGCUGACUAGCCUGGAGUUGCAACAGAGCGGCACUGCUAUUGGCGAUCGGUUGCGCAAUACGGAUCCCGCCUGGGAUGCCAUCGAGGCACGUGCCAAGUACUUGGAAUCUACUUUCCGUCAAACCUUUGAUCAGUACACCACUAAGGAUGCAGCGGCACAGGAGAAGACAAAGAACCGCGAUCCGAAUCAGGCACCGAGUCGUGUUAACUUUUGCGAGGAGCUUUGCGACAUAGCCGCCUCCCAGCUGCCCGAUCUGUGGCGCCUGGGUCAACUGUAUUUUACAGGCGAAUUACGUGGACCUCAUGAUCCCAAACCGGGCGAUUUUAAGCGUAUGGUUUUAACAGCCAUCGAGAAGUUCUGUAUUUAUCUGCGUUUGGCCAUUCUCAUUGCUGCUGAUCAGCGUGCUUUACGUCAGUCGAGUGGCAUAUCCUGGCCAAUUGGCUCAUCAUCAGCUACGCAUCACUUCUUGCCGUGGAUUCCGCAAUGCUUGCGUUACACGCGCAUCGCAUAUGCUACUCUGAUUGGGCUGGAUCUGCCGUCGGAUGCACUUGACAUUAUACAGAAACUUAUUGAUGAAGUGCGUCUGUUUUGCUUCUCCAUCAUAUUUAAACGCGCCACCGAUCGUUGCAAGAAAUUGGGCGCACAGGAGACAUGGGAAACCACUGUAGAGGAUUACCCUGGUGCAACGCAACUGCCAGCUGCAUUGGAAACGCUGCUGGUGGAAACUUUGGACGAGGUACAGUCGGUGUGCAUGCAGCCAGAGGUGCGUGAGGGCAACUUGCUAGAGCCCCAUUCGGAUGGACAGCGCGAGGUGACACAACGCCUUCAAGAGCUGUUGUCCGCUUUUAGUGGCAUUAUUGCCGAACUAGCUUAUCCCUCGCAUGACGAUGAGACGCCCACGCAUAAUGUUUCGCAGCUGCUGGGCUUUCCCAAUGCUCAGCAGCCGGAAUCGGUGUCUGGUGCUGGUGGUGGAGGCGCUGCUGUCAACUGGGAGCAGCGCAUGCUCUGCUGCCUGGCCAACUAUGCGUAUUGCAACAAGACCUUCUUUGCACACAUUGGCGAAGUCUUUGUGCGCUAUGGCUAUCCAUUGCCCACUUUGGCCAUUGAGACGGCUCGCUAUAAUGCCAAUCAGUUGUUUACCAAUCUGUUGGAAGAGUAUGUGGAGCAUAAGGGUGAUCCAUUGGUGGGUACCAUCGAACCAUCCAUGUAUUUGGGUCGUUUUCAAUGGGAUCACGAGAUGGAAAUUGGCCUGGGGCAAUUGCGUCCGUAUGCGCAUGAGUGUUUGGACAAUCUUGUGGGUGUCUACUCCGAAAUCUACAACAUCUCGCCCACGUUGCUGCGUCCCAUUUUGGAGUCCAUUGUGCAGACUAUAUCAGAGGAGUUGGCUCGACUAAUGAGCUGUGUACAGCACUUUAGCUACACGGGCGCUAUUCAGGCGCAUGUGGAUAUACGACUUCUGCGUGAUGCGCUCGAUAACUAUGCCAAUGAGACGGCCAAAAACUAUUUCAUGGAGGCCUUGGAGGCUAUAAGUCCGCCACUCAAUGGCGAACAAAAGCGCAAAGCAGAUGAGAUUUUGGAACGUGUUAAACGGAAUAUGCGCCUGCAGUUGCUUUGCUUUUCAGUCAAGGAGCCCUAAGCACAUUCCUCCUUAACAAUUUAGUUAUAUA